CAAGAUGGACCCUCUCGGCAGUUGUCAAUUCCUGAUGGCACAGUCGGUCAGUCAAUGCCGUUAUGGAGACCAAGUCCAUCCCCAUCUCCACCAGCGAGAACCCUUCCAUUGUGGGGGAGGUUGAGGACCUCCCGUCCACGUCCAAUUGGCAGUACUGGAAGCACUACCUGACCAGCCGAGAUGGCUGGAUAGGCGACUAUGAUUAUCUGUAUCUCAUCACGCCCAACAUAUAUCCACUUAAUCGGCGCUACAAGGAUGUCGAACCUCCCUUUUAUGGUCUUAACGAUGAGGUCCCGAUCCUUCUGACCCUCAUUCUCGGCCUCCAACACGCCCUGACCAUGAUCGGAUCCAUCGUGUCCCCACCCCUGGCACUCGCCAGUGGGGCCUUCUACCUCGACUCAGUCCAAUCCCAGUAUCUCGUCUCUGCGGCGUUCAUCACCACCGGCAUUUCCACCGCUCUGCAAGUAACGCGUGUGCAUAUCUUCAAAAGCCCUCUGUACAUCGGAACAGGCUUGCUAUCUGUCGUUGCCCCAACGUUUGACGUCAUUGCCGUAGCAAUGAACUACGCAGAUGCACGGUACAAGCGCGGGACCUGUCCAACCGAUGAGAAUGGCUCCAAACUGGCAUGUCCUGAGGCGUGGGGUGCCAUGUUAGGGACACUUCUGUGCACCGUGUGGAUUCAAAUUCUCAUGUCGCUCGUCCCACCUAAGGUUCUUCAUCGAAUCUUUCCCAAGGUUGUCACGGGCACUCUUUUGCUUCUGGUCGGAGUGUACCUGGUAUCCAGCGGGAUGGAGAAUUGGGGUGGGAGCUCCAACUGUGAAGGAGGUACAGGGUAUUAUGCACUUUGUCCGGAUAUAGACGCUCCGAGGCCGUUGCCAUGGGGAGAUCCCAAGCUCAUCGGUCUGGGGUUCAGUGUCUUUGUCACCAUCAUCAUUGUCGAGUUUGUCGGCUCCCCACUCAUGAAAUCGGCCUCCGUGAUCCUUGGACUGGCCGUUGGCUGCGCAAUCUCUGGGGCAACGGGGUACUGGUCUCGCGACGAGAUCGACGCUGCUCCCGUUGGCACCUUUCUUUGGGUUCACACGUUCCCCUUAUCGGUAGAUGGCGCUCUCGUCCUCCCGUUGCUUAUCAUGUUUGUAUGCGAGGCUGUCAGCUGCAUGCCAGAUAUCCUCGCUACAGCGGAGAUCUCAAAGGUGGACAUUGAGGGCCGGGAAUUUCAGAGCCGUAUUCAAGGAGGGAUCCUGUGUGACGGGUUGGGAAGUCUGAUCAGUGCACUGGGCACGUCAAUUCCCAUGGUCAGUCAGGCUGGUAAUAAUGGAGUUACCUCGUUGACUGGAUGUGCUAGCCGACGCGCGGGCUGGUGCGCCUCUGCCUUCCUGCUCCUGAUGGGCAUCUUCGGCAAAUUUGGUGCAGUCUUCGGCUCCAUGCCGCCCUCUGUACUUGGGGGUAUGCAAGUCUUCCUAUACAGCACGAUAGUUGUGGCCGGGGUACGCGUCCUCGCGCUGGUGGACUUCUCGCGUCGUAAUCGGUUCAUUCUCACCGCGUCACUCGGCAUCGGCUUCAUGGACAUCGUGUCUCCUAGCUGGUUUAGCUCCGUGUUAGCGUACAGCGGGUCGAACGUGCAUCUGCAGGGGUUUGAGGAGGGGAUUAAUCUGAUUGUCGAGACGCCGUUUAUCAUCUCUGCGGUGGUGGGGGUUGCGUUGAAUCUGAUGUUGAAGGAAGAGACGAGUAGUCGCAGUGUUGGCAGUGUGCUUCCGGAGUAG